AGAACUUGAAACAAUAAAGCCAGAUAUGUCGAGUGCAUAAAAGGUUCUAACGCACUCUGUUACGCUUUAGUAUGAUAUAAGUGAUUACGGAAAUUUCGUUACAAUAUGGCACAGACCAGAGAAACAAAGACUGAAAUCUGCUCAUCUGCAUUAGACCUCAUUGGAAAUACACCUCUCGUUGCUUUUGACAGAUUAUGGCCUGGACCUGGACGUAUUCUAGCCAAAUGCGAGUUCAUGAACCCUGGAGCGUCAGUCAAGGAUCGGUCAUCGCUAUACAUGAUAAAUACCGCGCGUGAGAGCGGGGAACUGAAACCAGGACACUCAGUCGUAGAAGUUACGUCAGGGAAUCAGGGAUGUGGUUUAGCAGUGGUGUGCGCAGUUCUAGGGCAUCCCUUAACUCUAGCAAUGCCGAAAGGUAACAGUGUGCAAAGAGCGAUACACAUGGAAGCGCUCGGCGCAACAUGCAUCAGGGUACCUCAGGUGGAAGGCAGCUACGGUAAUGUGAGCUUAGCGGACGCACAAGCAGCAGAAGAAGAAGCUUUAAGAAUAAAAGAGAAGACAGGAGCUUACUUUGUGAAUCAGUUCUGCAACAAAAUGAAUUCGGGUUCACAUUACUAUAGUACCGGGCCUGAAAUUUGGAGACAGACUGGGCAUCGAGUCGAUGCUUUUUUAGAUACAGUGGGUACCGCAGGGACGUUUGCUGGAACUUCAAAAUUUUUGAAGGAAGUGCAUCCAGAAGUAUUGUGUUACGUCGUGGAACCGGCUGGUUCAGAGCCAAUCAAAGGUGAUCCGAUUACUAAGCCUUUACAUUUGUUGCAAGGUUCUGGGUAUGGAUUGGUGCCGGAAUUAUUUAGCUAUGACCACAUGGAUGGAACUCUUAGUGUUACUGACGAGGAAGCGGUAGAGUAUAAGAAACUUAUCGGGGAGAAGGAAGGUUUAUUUGUGGGCUACACCAGCGGUGCCAACGUGGCUGCAGCUGUGAAGCUGUUGCAAUCGGGCCAGCUCCCUGAAGACGCCUGGGUGGUCACGCUCCUCAAUGACACAGGACUGAAAUACACACCUGUUCCUGAUAACCUAAAGUGAUCCGGCGUUGUUAACAGUUACCUUGAAUCGAAAACUGGAGAUUAAUUGAAAAGGUAACGAACUGUGGGUUUGACUUUAAAAAAUGAGAAACAAUAAAACUCAGUAAAACUUCA